AUGGCCUCCCAAGAGCAGCUUCGACAGCAGUUGGUGAUGAAGGCACGUCAACAACAGAUGCAGAUUAUGGCGAGGCAACAACAAGCAGCCAGUGCCGCAGGCCGGCAAAACGUCGGAUCCCAACCAAGCCAAAGCAUCCCGCCUCGCUCUAUGGCCAUGGGUUCCCAUUUCGAUGAUUUACCCAUUCUCAAGGCAGAUGACCUGGAUCAUAAACAGCCCCAGCCAUCUUCGUUUUCGUCGUUGGACUCCGCUUGUAAAUAUGGUCCAGUUUCUACGAUUGCGGAGAUUAUCACCUCCGAGUCCCGGACACCUGCAUUUCUACAUCGGGGUCUUCUGGUCGCUCUACAAGCCGGAAACAUCGAUGCUACCGGAUAUCUACUUUCCAGCGGCGCACCUAUUGUUCGACAAACCCCAGAAUUCAUUCUCAAGGCGCCAGCGAAUAAGCAAAUAGCCUUGUUCGAGCUCUUCGCUGCCCACAACUGGACUCCAAAUACCCCAGGCCUGUAUGGUGCUGUACUACUUCCAAGAUUAGUCAAUAACUUGCCUUUACUGUCUUGGUUUCUGGCACACGGCGCAAAUCCAAAUCUGGGGCAACAGAAAGACUUUCGUGAUCGGCAUGGUAACUCGGAUACCGAGUCUUGCAUUGCUCUCGAAACAGCUGCAGCGCGUGGCAGCGUCGAAGCUGUAAGGAUGCUACUGGCCGCAGGUGCUCGGAUUCAAAAUGGGGCACCUUUACACCGUGCUGCCGGCGUUUGUCCUCCAGGGGAGAAUCCACAUGCCGGCCGUGUCAAGCCAAGCCAGGAAUUUGAUACUAACAGAAUCCCGGUAAUGCGCUUACUUGUGGAGAAUGGGGCAGAUGUGAACUACAAGGUUGAAACGCAGCAUAUGGAGCCUCAAUAUGCGAUUGUUCACGCAGUGAUGGCUGGGGCCGUGGAGCGUGUCAAGUGGCUUCUAAAACAAGGAGCAGAUCCAUUCGCGAAGGGCAACUUUGGGAGUGCAUCAACUUACGCUUCCUUAUGGGGCGAAGAAAUGGAGAAGGUUAUUGAAGAAGGACUUAUGGCGAGGAAUGAAGCAAUAAAUCAGUCGUAG